CCCUGUGUGUGUUGUUGUGGUGUGCAACUGAGCAGUUCGGUUACCCGGCAACGCGCGCUCAGGCUGAUGACGUGUAUCCCCCGCGGGAGCCGGCUCUGCAGUCCUUCUCGCUGUCACUUCCUGGUUGUGCUUCUCGUGCUGUAAGGCGGAUUUAUCAUGUCCCACCAGACCGGCAUCCAAGCAAGUGAAGAUGUCCAAGAAACAUUUGCUAAAGCCAGAAAUGGAAAGUACAGGCUAUUGAAACUGGAUAUUGAAGAUGAACAACUGACUGUGAGCGUCCGUGAAAAGCCUGUAAGCUCGUGGGACAAAGACUUUGACUCCUUUAUUUUGCCAUUGUUAGAAGAUAAGCAGCCAUGUUAUAUUUUGUAUCGACUGGAUUCUAAGAAUGCACAGGGAUAUGAGUGGCUCUUCCUGUCCUGGUCUCCGGACUACUCUCAUGUACGACAAAAGAUGUUGUAUGCUGCAACUAGAGCAACUGUAAAAAAGGAAUUUGGAGGAGGACACAUAAAAGAGGAACUAUUUGGAACAGCCAAGGAAGACCUUUCACUGAGUGGAUACAAUAAGUACUUGGUCUGCCGGUCAGCUCCUGCCCCUCUUACUGCAUCAGAAGAAGAACUGAGGCAAAUAAAGAUUAAAGAGACUCAAACAGAGGUUGGGGUAGACACUAAGCACCAGACGCUUCAAGGCAUCGCAUUCCCAAUAGUGAGUGAUGCAUUCCAGGCAUUGGAACAGUUGAAAAACCAGACACUAAAUUAUGUUCAAUUGAAAAUUGAUAUAAAGAAUGAAACUAUUGUGUUGGCCAACACUGCAUACACUGAAGUGAAGGACUUGCCAGCAAGGGUUCCAAAGGAUGCUGCACGUUAUCACUUUUUCCUGUACAAACAUUCCCAUGAAGGGGAUUAUUUGGAUUCAAUAGUGUUUAUUUAUUCGAUGCCCGGGUAUAACUGCAGCAUACGGGAGCGCAUGCUGUAUUCCAGCUGUAAAAACCCUUUGAUAGAUGUUAUUGAAAAACAACUAAUGAUGGAAAUUGCCAAAAAGAUAGAGAUAGACAAUGGAGAUGAACUGACUUCGGAUUUCCUCUAUGAAGAAGUGCACCCGAAGCAACAUGCACACAAGCAUGCUUUUCUAAGGCCCAAGGGCCCAGCUGGUAAAAGAGGCAUCAGGAGGCUGAUUAGAGGUCCUGCAGAAGCCGAAACGGCCAAUGACUAGAACAGCAAGAAGUCCUUGUGACAGAACUGUAAUCAUUCCAUGGCUGUAUUCUUAUAUGCAGAAUACUGUCGUUUUGGUAGUCACUCCUUAUGUUAACCUCCACCCCUAGUACCUUUAAUACCUGCUCUUUAGUUUAUGAAUGAUAAGCUGAACUUACAGUAUGGAUGUAGAUAGGAAUGCUUUAGUGUUUUAAGCACACAUUAUAUGAUCCUGCAAAAAAAAUAUGGCCACCUUCUGAAAGAAGUAGGGGCUGCUGUGCAUCUGCAAUGUAAUGUACUUGAAGAAUCAUUACUGGCUGUACAUGGGGUACUGAUGCUUUCAGUCAUUUUAUUACACUGCUUAUUUCUUUUUUUUAAAUAAUUAUUUUAGCAAAUCAACCCAAUUAAUAAUUUCCUUCUAAUGUGUAUUCAGUGGGUUGGUAACAUGAUACAUUUUUGAUCUUCCUGAAUCACUGUAAUGUACUUACAGUACAUCCAAAUUAGUUUUCUGUAUAUAUAAUUAUAUUUGCUUUACUUUAAAAUGUUACUGUGACUGCCUGAAUCAACAUUUGAAUCAACAUUUCCAACAGGCAGCUCGCUAUCUGCAAGUCUACAGCAUAUUCUGUACCUACUGUAUCUAUUUCUUAUGUGUACCGAGUACUGUAUGCGUGAAUCCAUAUUCACUGAAAGGGUGGAACCAUGCUGUGCAGAAGUAUACAAGUGUCUUGGACUCUAUUUACUAAAGGUUCUAAAAAUAAAAAGUGGUGAUGUUGCCCAUAGCAACCAGUCAGAUUCUAUAUUGUUCUAAGAUGUAAUUGAGAAAUUAUAGACAAAAUCUGAUUGGUUGCUAUGGGCAACAUCACUUUUCAUUAUCAGAAACUUUAGUAAAUUUACUCCUAAAUCUUUAAUCUGAGUGGUUAGUUUUGAUAAUAAAGGCAAAUAUAUAUUGAUGAUAAUUAAGCUUUACACCCUAAGAUAGUAUAACUAUUGGUUAUAGUUUGUAUGCAUAUGCGUUUAUACAAGCUCAAUCAGGCCAUAUGCUGCUAACAGCACCACUGUGUAACAAAGGAGAAUAGGAGAAACAUGACACGUCUCAACUGCAAAAACUAAUUGUCACAAUUAUCAUUUUAUAAGUAAGCAAUGUUUUCUUUUGCUGAUGUUCUAGGAAAUGUAAUGAGAGACUACAUAUAAUCUUCACAGGGAUGUACUAAUACACUAACAUAUCCAUAAAACUAUACACUAACUUAUAUCCAUAAAACUUGAAUCUGCUGUGUGUAGUCAUGUUAGUAGGAGAAAAUCACACAGUUCAACUUUUUGCACUAUAGACAGAUUUUAGAGCCUAUUUUCUGGUGCAGACACUGCUUCUUUGUGUGCUUUCUAGUCUAAUAGAGGAAGCACGGUGCACACUGGUUAGCAUGUGCUGGUGCCAUGGGUUUGUUUUGUGGAAAAUAACCUAAUAAUAAAAACUUAAUAAAGGUUUGCAAUUUACUGCAAUCGCAUUGCAGUAACUUCACAGACAGCAGUGCUGCACUGACCAGAGGUUUCCAUAUGAAACGGCAUAGGACCUCACAAUCAUGAAAUGUGGGAGUUUAGCCCUGUGGCUUAAGUACAUAUUAGUGGCAGAUGAAGGCAUCUUGCUUUUAGAAUUUAAGGUCUAAAAUGGGAUAAUUACAAAAUACACGGCCCUGUAUAUAUAUUCUUCAGUUUUGGAACAAUUCUAAUGGCUUAAUUUGUGGAAACUGAUGUAUCUUUUUCAUUUUAAAGAUUAUUUUUGUUUUAAGAAUAUACGUACUACAUUAUAGAAAUGUCUGUAUGGCAUGCUUUUUUGUUUUUCUUUUGUAACCAAAGAUUAUGCUAUUGUAACAUACGGCUUUGUAAACAGUUCUUCCAUUUGUAACAAUGUUAUUCCAGACUUUCAUCUAUAAAAAUUGUUUCACUUUUCAACAUUACUGACAAAUCAUUAUAUGGAAAGUGUGGAGCACUUGAAUUUGAGGCAGGUCUUUGAAUAUGCUUGACUAUAGCAAUAUGCAACACAUUAUUUUUUAACUUUCAAAGCACCUUUCUAAUUCUUCAGAAAUAAUUGUAUUACAACAUUGUGUUUUACAAUCUAUGACCUGAUUAUGCAACUUUAUACAACUAGAAUAAUGGCAAUAAUAUUUUCUAAUGUGACAAUGGAAUAUUGUUUAUGUACAUAUGAUUUACAGGAUGUAUUUCAAAAUGAACCUAAACCUGAUGAACACUAUUUGUGAAUAAACAUUUAUUGAAAGCGUUAA